UCUCUCUAAAAUCAUACCAUCAAAACUCAACCCAAACAGUCCACUCACAUUCUCUCCUGAUUCUUCGCUUUCUUCCAUUUCCGGUUUUCUCGCGGGUCCUCUAACGGCCGCGCCACCAUGGCUGCUCCGGAGACAGAGGACGCCAAAAACUGGGAGAAGCUGCUCCGAAAGAUGCUGCCUUCCGGGGCGCCGUUGCCGGACGCCGACCAUCUCGACUACUCCAUCGCCUACGAGUACGUCGGCCCGCCGCUGCCCUACGAAGUCCCCAAGGUUGAUCCAGUCGACAUCGACUCGCUUCAAAGCGCCUCCGUCCUUUCGGCUUCGGCUUCCGAGCUCGCGUCGAUUCCGGUGGCCGAGCCGCUCGAUCACCACGCCGCUAAGUUCAGCCGGAUCAGGAGCGGCGACGCCGCGAACCAAACGCAGACCUCGACGUCGUUUUCGAAACCGGCCGAGGACGAUGCCGGAGGAGGAGGAGGAGGAAAGAGAGCGGCGGUGGUGAAAUUCAGCACGCCGAGAGAAUCGGAGACGGAGGACGACGGGGAAAGGUCGGCGUCGCCGAAAUCGGAGCCGACGGGGUCGCCGGUAGCUUGGGCUUCGCCGAUGAAGGUAGGGAGUAAGAGAGGGAUAUGCAGCCGGUGUGGAAAAGGGAACAGACUGAAGGAGAGGGAGUGGUGCUUGGUGUGUGAGUCAAAGUACUGCAGUAACUGUUUGCUGAAGGCUAUGGGAUCAAUGCCGGAGGGGCGAAAAUGCGUGGGAUGCAUCGGGCAGCCUAUAGAUGAGUCCAAGAGGGUUAGUUUGGGCAAGUGUUCAAAGAUUCUGUCUAGAGUUUGUAGUCCUUUGGAGAUUGGGCAGAUAAUGAGGGCCGAGAAGGAGUGCCCUGCCAAUCAGCUCCGGCCGCAGCAGUUAGUUGUGAACGGGAGGGAGUUGAGGGAAGAGGAGCUGGGUGAGAUUUUGGGAUGUGAACUUCCUCCUCAGAAGUUGAAGCCGGGGAGGUACUGGUAUGAUAAGGAUUCGGGUUUCUGGGGAAAGGAGGGAGAGAAGCCUGAUUGUAUCAUUACUCCGAAACUGAAUGUUGGGGGUAAGCUUCGGGGUGAUGCCAGCAAUGGGAACACUAAUGUAUUCAUGAAUGGCAGAGAGAUCACCAAGAUUGAGCUUAAGGUGCUCAAGUUGGCCAAAGUGCAGUGCCCUCCAGAUACGCAUUUCUGGGUGUAUGAAGAUGGAACGUAUGAGGAGGAAGGGCAGAAUAACAUUAAAGGGAACAUAUGGGGAAAGUUUGGUUUUGUCAGGCAGGCUACCACCCGUUUUAUUUGUUCAUUAUUCUCAUUGCCUGUACCAUCUCGUAAUCAAAAUGGGACAAGAGAAGAUCCCACGACACAACCUUCAAGUAGGUCCAUCCCUGAUUACUUGGAUCAGGGAAGAGUUCAAAAACUGUUGUUAUUUGGACUGGAAGGAUCUGGAACUAGCACCAUCUUCAAACAGGCCAAGUUCUUAUAUGGGAAUGAGUUCACUCCCGAGGAGGUGCAGAAUAUGAAGCUCAUGAUUCAAAGCAAUAUGUACAAGUACCUAAGUAUAUUACUUGAAGGCCGAGAACGUUUUGAAGAGGAAGCUUCAUUGGAGAAUACAGAUGAUUCAAUGGCCGCUGAAGCAGAGCCAUCAGUAGUUGAUGAAAGUAAGCAGUGCAUCUAUUCUAUCAACCAGAGAUUCAAGCACUUUUCUGACUGGUUAUUGGAUAUCAUGGCAACCGGAGACUUGGAUGCAUUCUUCCCUGCUGCUACACGUGAGUAUGCUCCUAUUGUAGAUGAAGUUUGGAGAGAUUCUGCCAUCCAGGAAACAUACAAAAGAAGGAAGGAAUUACAUUGUCUUCCAGAAGUUGCCAAGUAUUUCUUAGAUCGGGCCAUAGAAAUAUCAAGUAACGAGUAUGAACCAACCGAGAUGGACAUUUUAUAUGCUGAAGGAGUUACUCAGAGCAAUGGCCUUACCUCUCUAGAAUUUUCAUUUGACGACAGAAGCUCCAUGUCAGAGCUAUACAAUGAAAAUUAUGAAUGCCCCCCUCCUUUAACCAAGUAUCAACUAAUUUGUCUUAGUUCUAAGGGACUGAAUGAUGGGUGCAAGUGGCUGGCAAUGUUUGAGGAUGUAAGGGCAGUGGUUUUUUGUGUUGCUUUGAGUGACUAUGAUCAAAUGUGGGCACUCGGUAAUGGGCGUCUUCAUAAUAAAAUGCUGGCAAGCAGAGAUUUGUUUGAGAGUUUGGUGCGGCAUCCUUGUUUUAGUAAUACUCCAUUCGUUCUUGUGCUGAACAAAUAUGAUGCAUUUGAAGACAAGAUAGUCCAGGUACCCUUGUCAGCUUGCGAGUGGUUCGAGGACUUCAAUCCUGUCAAGCCACUCAGCAAUAGUCAGUCUCUGGCACAGCAAGCAUAUCAUUAUGUGGCCGUGAAAUUCAAAGAGCUCUAUUUAUCCUUAAGUGGUCAAAAGUUAUAUGUAGCGCAAACCCGAGCAAGAGAGGGUAAAUCAGUUGAUGCGGCAUUCAAAUACAUAAGAGAGGUCCUCAAGUGGGAUGAAGAAAAGGAUGAUAAUUUAUCGGGGAUAAAUGGGGAUGACUCAUUUUACAGUACGGAAAUGAGUUCCUCCCCUUACCUCAGGCAAGAAUAGAUACACUGUUGUAUGCAAGGCAACAUUUGUCAAGUGAAAGAUUGAAAGUCGCCGUGAAGGCUGUGUCAUUUGUGCUACUUACCGCUGGUAGAAGGUAGAGUAGCAAACUGAUCAAUUACACUGGAAAUUGUUUAUUUAUUAAUCUCUUGUUUCAAUUUUCCGAUUACAAGUGCAUUUGCUGCUUUCUUCUUCUUCUGUUCUUUUUGUAGAAUGCAUGUGUUAUUAUAAGGGUAGGGCGGAUUUCUUUGACGCUUAUAUUUGCCACUCUGGCUGAUAUUGGUUUGUAAAAUAAGCUCAUUUUGACUGGAGAUUUUUUCUGUACAGUACUUCAUAUGUGAAUAAAAGCAUAUCUUUUGAGGA